AUGAAAGGUAGUAGCAGAAAAGUCCCUGGCAUGCCAUUGAUUAAUGGAAGGAAGGACAGAGAUGAGGAUCUUCUUCUGUUCAAGGAAUUGCAUAAACGUGAAAAAGAUCGGCAUGCCAGUCUCCUUCAGCCUGUUUCUGAUGAGUUUGAGCCUAGUUUUGGUGGGAGCCAUGCACUCUACAGAAUUGCAUCUGGCAGGAAAGGUUCUGGAUACGAAGUCUUUGGCGAAAAAGAUAAAAAUGAUUAUGACUGGUUGAAAACGCCGCCAGCUACUCCUCUGUUUCCUUCUCUUGAAAUGGAAGCAAACGCCCCAGAACAUGUUGUCCAACGGGAGAUACCGAUAAUUCAACCUCUUUCGAGGUUUUCAGACAAUUCAGAGGCAUUGAAGAGAAGCACUGUAAAACUAAAGAACCCAAAUUCAAAACCAAAUAAGAUCCCUCAAAGAUCAGUCACCCCAAGUCAAAAACAAAGAAUCUCAUCGUCAACUGAAAAUAAGAACAGCAAGGCAGUAGCACAGAUUCUGAACCAGAAAAUGGCUCAAUUCACAACCGAUUCGAAUAAACAAACAAAUGUCAUUACAAACCCAGCCAAACCCACUACUGACCAAAAAGCAAGUCAAACAAAUUUCCUGUCGUCGAACCUUUCCAAGGAUAUAAAAACAAAGCCAAUAAAUAGAGGUGUGGCUGCUUCUGACCGGUCAACAAUUCCAGCUCAAAUUCUAGGAUUUUCCAAUGACACUCCUCCUAAUCUAAGGACAGAUCGUGCAACUUCUGCUACUAGGGGCAGACCUGCUGCAGCCAAUCCAACAGCAUCAGUUCAUAAAAAACAAGACUCCACUCCAAGACCAAGAAGGCAAUCCUGCUCGCCAAGUGUGACAAGGGGUCGAAAAGAGAUAAUUGAAGGAAACUUGACCACUCCAAAAGGGAAAACUCUAACUGGAAGCAAUGGAGCUCAAAUUUUCGGAAGCAGAAUGGUCGACAAGGUAAUGAAUGCUAGAAAAUUGGGAACUGAAGAAAGAGAAGGCAAGCCGAAGCAGCAAGGUGCUACUAAAUCUGCUAAUAGUAGUGCUAAUGCAAGUCCUAGCCAUGGUUUUGGCAGGAUGAUGAUGAUGACUAAGAGUCAAAUGGACACGGCUUUCAAGCAUAUGGUAUGGUCAUACAGCAUAUGGUAUGGUCUAGUUCUAUCUCAAGCAACUUCAUACUUCACAUAUUAA